UCUAGUGUUCGUUAGAUAAGAGAAGGUCCCUCGUGCGUGUCCUAAGGCAAACUCUAUAGUCAGUCUUUGAGAAGCAACUGCAGUUGACUGUUGUUUGCUUCUGUGAGAAGGAUUAUAUAUUGAAAGUAUAAAUAUAUCAACCAACAAAAAAAAAAAAGAAAAAAAAAGUGCUAUAUAAAUUUAAUGUGAUAGGAAAUAUUACAUCAUAACUGCAGAUUUUAAAUCGAGGCUGUAUAACUCGUUUUUUCAGUUAGAAAAAAAAAUUUAUUUUCAACUCUUUUACCGGGAGAACAUAAACACCAGGCAAAUCCUAAAGGGAUAUGAGGCGCGAGGGAAUUAAAAAUAGAAGAAAAGAAAAAUUUUAUCGACCAUGGGUGAAAUUUUAAAUGAAACAAUUUUUGCUCAAGAUGAUAGUGUGAGAUCUUUACCUCGAUUUGUGACUAUCAUCGCAGCUGUGUGUGCUAUAUUGUUUAGCGUCAUUGGAAUUUUAGGAAAUUUAAUAACUGUUUUGGCCUUAUUAAAAUAUGCAAGACUGAGAAAGCAUGCAACGACUGCAUUCGUAAUAAGUUUAAGUGUUUCGGAUUUAAUAUUUUCAUCGGUUAAUCUGCCAUUAACGGCGAGUAGAUAUUUAUACGAGGCAUGGGUACUUGGUGACGCUCUCUGUCAAGUGUUUCCCUUAUUUUUUUAUGGAAAUGUUGCUGUAUCACUACUCAGUAUGGUGGCCAUCACGCUCAACAGGUACGUUCUGAUAUCGAGAUCAGAUCUCUAUCCCCACAUUUAUACGAGUCGUGGAAUAACUUUAAUGCUGAUUACAAUUUGGACCCUGAGUUUCUCGCUACUGAUUCCAUCGUUACUUGGCAUUUGGGGUCGUCUCGGAUUAGACCAGACAACAUUUUCGUGUACAAUAUUAAAAAAAGGCGGUACAAGUCCAAAAAAAUUACUCUUCAUUCUUGGUUUUCUUGUGCCGUGCCUCGUUAUAACGGUAUCUUAUCUUUGCAUUUACUAUCGUGUGAGGAGUAGUCGAAAAAAUCUCGAGGCCCAUUCACGUGGCAAGAGAAAAAGUACUGGAUUUCAAAGACGUGAAGAUUCAAGAGUCACGAGGCUGAUGCUAAUAAUAUUCCUUUGCUUUCUACUCUGUUUUAUGCCACUAAUGAUAGCGAAUGUCGUCGAGGAUAAAGUGAAAUUGCCAAUUUUUCAUGUGAUUGCGUCGGUAUUGGCAUGGGCAUCGUCUGUCAUUAAUCCAUUUAUUUACGCCGGUACCAAUAAACUUUAUCGCGCAGCAUAUCGACAAUUAUUGUGUCGUGGAAGUCGAAAAACACCACAAUUAGGACCAAAGCCAAUUUGCUCGCAAUCGAGUAAGUUCUCCUCUCAGCCCACAUGACAAUUAAUUAAUUCCGAGAGUUUGGAUGUGAUUUAGAAAUUUCUGUAAUCAUUUGAAAGUGAUUAAUUUGAUUACGACAAGAAGAAGAAGAAGAAUGAUAAUUAUCUCGAUUUAAGACGAAUUACCUUAAUUCACUUAAGGCUCCAGAUCUGGAAUCACAUGGGAAGAAAAGAACAGCGAAAGGGGGGAAAAUACGAGAGAAAGAAGAAUUAAAUAUUUUGUACGAGAACCAAAAAUUUAGUUGAUAAUAUUCUCGGAGUGAACUUGAAAGUGAGCUCUCUAAAACCAAGUAUUAUUCGAUUUUAUACGAGUGAAGUAUUUAACUAUAGAAUUUAUUGUAAAAAUUACCUUUUCCAAGAACGAGUAGCAAAGGAAUUUCAUUUAAAAAAAUCAAGACUAAUUUUCUUUUGCAAAAAAAAUUUCCACGUCAAUUAUAACUAAAAAAAAAAAAUGUUUGGAAAAAUUACUCUCUUCGGAAAUAACUUCUGAAAAUUGAUAAAAAUUAGUAAUUAGUAGCAUUUAAAUUAAUUUCUACUCCUAGAAAUAGAGGAAGUAAUUAAAAUUUGUAAAUUCAGAAAAAAGAAACAAUUUUAAUAUAAAAUGCAGUAAAAUGAAAUACAAAAUUUUUUUUUUGGUAUUACACUCGCUAUAAACAUAGUGAAUCUGUAUGUUUGUAUAUGUCUGUGGCUUUUAAGUACUGAAAGCUUUAAAUUAUACUUUAAAUGUUUAAAUGGAAUGGACGAAUACUGUAAUGUAAAUAUACAGUCUACAAUAUUAUUAAAAAAUUGCAAUUAAA